GCGCGGCCUCCAUUUUGUUCGCCGCUGCUCUGCCCGCGAGUCGCCUCUCGCCGCGGCCUCCCGACGCGAAAAGUUUCCAAGCGGCGAAAGUUUCCUCGCGGGCCCCGGCCGCGGUCGCUCGCCGCGCGGUGCCCCUGUCCCCCGCAGGCGUCGAGAGCGCGGAGCGGCGGCGCCAUGCGGCCCCUGGACGUGGCGGAGCCGGCGGAGCCCGAGGAGGUGGAGGUGCUGGAGCCCGAGGAGGACUUCGAGCAGUUCCUGCUGCCCGUCAUCCACGAGAUGCGCGAGGACAUCGCGGCGCUCACGCGCGAGCACGGCCGCGCCUACAUGCGCAACCGCAGCAAGCUGUGGGAGAUGGACAACAUGCUGGUCCAGAUCCAGACGCAGGUGGAGGCCUCGGAGGAGAGCGCGCUCAACCACCUGCAGGGCGCGGGCGACGGCGCCGAGGCGCGGCCCCCCACGCGCGGCGACCAGGCGGAGGAGAAGGCGCAGGAGCUCGCGAAGAUGGCCGAGAUGCUGGUGCAGCUGGUGCGGCGGAUAGAGAGGAGCGAGUCGGCGUGAGGCGGCGGCGGUUAGCGGCCAGUGGGCUCCGGGCACUGGCGGAGAUUGGCUGAUACCCUGGAAGCUGAAACCAGAGAGCCUGUUGUUUUCUCUCUUUCUGUCUGUCUUCUUUUUCCUUCUGUCCACACCGCCCUCACUGACACUACGUUUCUGCUACAGUCUGUGGUUGAUGACCUCAAUAUGCGUUUUGACUGUUAAGUGUUUUUGUUUGGAGAGGUAACUUACUCGGAAGACGCGCUCACGUAGGAGAAUGAGUCCUGGAUUGUAAACGCCUGCAGCGGUCACAUUUGUUCCUGGGCUUUGAUUAUUUCUAAAUUUUGAGGUGCUUUGUUUUUUUGUGUGACCUGAUAGCUCCCUGGAACUUUGGGUCUGUGUGUGACACGUGGGACUCGCAGUUGGGGUCCUCCCGCUCUGGAGGUGCUGAAGGAGCUGCGUUACUUCUAGAAGCUGACUCCGUGCAGUGGCAGCUCAGGCUGAAGAAGGGACCAGCCUUCAGCUGGGGGUGAGACCGGAGCUGACCUGGCUGGAGGACUGGCGGAGCAGGAGGACUAGAAGAUGGUGUCGCGUGCAUCUUGGGACUUUCAUUUCUCUGUGAGACCAAAGGAGGAGAGAUGUGUUUUGUUCAAAAUUUAAUCUCAUGUGACACACUAUCCGAUGUAAACUUGUAUGGUCGUUUCAUUUGGACAACUUACACAGAACCUAGAGUGGGAGGCCAGAGCCUGAUGUUGCGUACACGCUGGUGCAUACCCUGAUGCAUCUCGGGUCAUCUGAUGGGGGAGAUUCGCAGACAUCCUCGAGGGUCUGGGAAGGAAAGCAGGGACUGUUCGCGCUGGACCCUCAAGCUGGCAGGGACCGCGUAGCUAAAGGUUCGUAAGUUGUCCGACUCUGAGUUCAUUUGAGUAGCAGACCUGACAAGUAUUUGAGGUCAAAACCCAACCAUGUGUAAAAAGCAAAUUACCAUGUUAAUAAAAGUAUUCAUUUGCUUGGAAAAAUGAGUUGAAAAGUUAUUGA